AUACAUCAUAAUGGCGGAGUACAGUGAAAAAUGUACAGAAGAUUGUUCCUUUGAUUACAGCGAAGAUAAACAAAAAGGUGUAUGUGUAAUUAAAGAAGAGUACAUUAUUGGAGAUCACAUAAGACUUCUAAGUGAAGAAUGUUUAACAAAAACUGAUAAAGAAAAGGUAUCCACUAGUACAACUAAUUCAGAUGAGGAUGUAUCGCAUGAACCACCGUUAAAGAAAUUAAAAGGUGAUGAUAAAAGGGAAAAGCUCAGGGGUCAAAAUAAAGCAAGACCACCGCCUUUCAAGGCACAACGCGAACUGAAUUUGUGUCCUUGGAUAGCGGACCAAGCGGUUGGAGAACCUGAAAAGAAAUGUGAUAAUAAACGAUGCACAUUCUUGCACGACAAAGUAAAAUAUCUAAAAAUAAAACCAGCUGAUAUUGGAGAUGAGUGUUACCUGUUUAACAUCACUGGCAGGUGCCCAAGGGGUGCUGCCUGCAGAAUGGGCUCCAAACAUUUAUUAGAAGAUGGUUUAAAUAUUGUGGAUAAAGAAAAGGAAGAGGAAUUCAAGAAAUUGCCACCUUCUACGAAGAAUCAGUUAACAAAACAGCUUCAGAUUCAGCUGAGGAAACACAAAUACAAUUUUUCCAAAGCGGAAAAAGUUGUUAAAGCGAAUGAACCAUCUAGGAAAAAAUUAGAAAAUGCCAAACAAAUCGAGCAGUCUUCCAAAGUAACCGAACCACAAAUUAGAAAUGAUUCUGUUAUCGAAUGCAAUGAUAAGAACUCUGAAAAAGAUACUACGGAACAGAAACUAGGGCCAGUCGAAGAUUCUGAUUUAAUAAAAUGUAGAAAUGUAGAGAAGAAGAAAAUAGACUGGAAAGAUAAGAUACUGUUGAGCCCUUUAACAACAGUCGGUAACUUACCUUUCAGAAGAAUCUGUAAAGAAUAUGGAGCUGAUAUAACCUGUGGAGAAAUGGCUUUAGCGCCCAGAAUAUUGAAAGGGGCCCAUGAAGAGUGGGCGCUUGUAAAAAGGCACGAAUCAGAGGAUAUAUUUGGGGUACAGCUUUGUGGUAAUAAUCCAGGUGUGUUGACCAGAUGCGCCCAAUUGCUAAACCAACAGAUUGACGUUGAUUUCAUAGACUUGAACCUGGGUUGUCCUAUCGAUUUAAUUUAUAGACAAGGAGGAGGCAGUGGGAUGCUUAACCGAUUAAACGUCCUCGAAACUGUAGUAAAAUCAGUGAAUCAAAUUAUGGAUAUACCUUUAACAAUAAAAUCUAGGACAGGUGUUUAUAUAGAUAAACCAGUCGCUCAUAAUUUAAUGCCAAAGUUCAGUGAAUGGGGAGUAUCCAUGAUUACUGUCCAUGGACGAUCUCGUGAACAAAGGUAUACAAAAUUAGCUGAUUGGGAUUAUAUAGAAAAAUGUGCUAAAGCGGCACAACCUGUUCCAGUGUUUGGAAAUGGAGAUAUCCUAUCGUUUGAUGACUAUCAAAGAGUACGGGACACUUACACAAGUGUCUCUGGUAUUACUAUAGGUCGUGGUGCAUUGAUAAAGCCAUGGAUAUUCACAGAAAUAAAGGAAAGAAAAUUGAUAGAUAUAUCCAGCAAUGAGAGAUUUGAAAUCUUGAAAAAGUAUACCAAUUAUGGUCUUGAACAUUGGGGUUCGGAUACUCGGGGGGUUGAAACGACGAGGAGGUUUAUGUUGGAAUGGAUAUCUUUCUUGCAUAGGUACGUUCCUGUUGGUAUUUUGGAAAGACCACCGCAAAGGAUCAACGAGAGACCUCCAUUUUACCGAGGUCGAGACGAGAUGGAAACGCUUAUGGCCAGUUCAAACUGUGCUGAUUGGAUUAAAUUAUCAGAGUUAUUACUCGGAAAAGUGCCUGAAGGAUUUCGCUUCUUGCCAAAACAUAAGGCGAAUUCAUGGAAAUAAUGUAUAGUAAAUUGUCACGUGAACAGAAUACUUUUAUAUCAGGAACUUCUUUUUUUUUUAAAUAAACAAACUAUUCGUCAGAUGGAAUAAAUGUUAGAAGGAUUAUGAAGAA